GUCCUCGGGUCUCAGUGGAGAUGGGUUAAGGCUGAAAAGUAGACCGCAGGAAGGAGGGAUUUUUCCACCCAAAAACAGGGAAGGAAUCGCAAUAUCUCAUGCAGGUGGAGAAGCUGCUCACUCACCGGAGAAGCCGCAUCAGAUAUUCGCUGCUCCAAAAGUAAUUUAGUGCUUGAGAGGAGACAUGGAUAUGGUUUCAGAGAAAAACAUGUUUAUUUAUUGAGUAAUUCCGUUUAGUAAGACAUGGAAGACUCCAACAUCAGCCAUGUGGUGAAGGCAAGCAUCCAUGCUGAGGAAAACUACGACAUGGACUACGGCAUCCCGCCGGAGGAGAUCCCAGACACCACGCAGGGUCAGGCCUUCUUUGUCGCCACCAUUGUGAUCGGUGGGGUCCUGGUGUGCAUCAUGCUGGUGUGUGGCUUAGGCAACUUCAUUUUCAUCGCCACUCUGACGCGAUAUAAGAAGCUGCGGAACCUCACCAACCUGUUGAUCGCUAACUUGGCCAUCUCCGACUUCAUCGUGGCGGUGGUGUGCUGCCCCUUCCUGGUGGAUUACUACGUGGUCAAGCAGCUCUCUUGGGAGCAUGGAUCGCUGCUCUGCGCUUCUGUCAACUAUCUUCAGACGGUUUCGCUCUACGUGUCGACAAAUGCUUUGCUUGCCAUCGCAGUGGACAGGUACAUGGCAAUCGUUCAUCCUUUGAGGCCACGCAUGAAGUACCAAACUGCCUACGGUCUGAUUGCCGGGGUCUGGAUAGUCUCCAUUCUCAUUUCAAUCCCUUCAGCCUACUUUGCAACUGAGACCAUGUACCCUCACAGCGGCACCUCACCCAUCACUCACAAGGUCUUCUGUGCCCAAAUCUGGCCUGUGGACCAACAAGCAUACUACCGCUCCUACUUCAUGUUCGUCUUUGCUCUGGAGUUCGUCGGGCCUGUGUUGCUCAUGGCUGUGUGCUACACCCAGAUCUCACGGGAGCUUUGGUUCAAGAACGUGCCCGGCUUCCAGACGGAGCAGAUCAAAAAGAGGCUGCGCUGUCGUCGCAAGACCGUGAUGGUUCUCAUCGGGAUAUUGACGGCGUAUAUUCUGUGCUGGGCACCAUACUACGGGUACGCAAUCCUGCGGGACUUUCAUCCGACACUAAUCUCUCGUCAAAAGAACUCCCUCGUGGCCUUCUACAUUAUCGAGUGCAUUGCCAUGAGCAAUAGCAUGAUCAAUACCUUCUGCUUUGUCAGUGUGAAGAACAACACAGUCAAGUAUCUGAAGAGGAUCGUUCUGCUGCGCUGGAAGUCCACGUACGCCCCCACAAAGACGGUAGACGAGAUGGACGUCAGAACCGUGACUGCGCCUGUAACAGAAGAAGUUGAAUGCAUUCAUCUGAGAUAGAGGACUUGUCUGUAAACGGCGCAUUCAGACUGAGUAAAAUGAUGCGUUCAGCUUCUUCCAAGGAUGUUCACUCGCACCCGUGAGUUUCACUGCACAUUUGCCAAAUUCCCGGAAGCUGACUACUGAGUAAGCCAAAUUAUCAGAUUGCUUUUCCGGCUGGAAAUCACUCUUGUUGCACUUAAUCCUCCAUAUUUGGAUUGCCGUUGCCACAGACCCGCCAAAACAUGGACUGACUGACACGUUGUGCGAUACUGUCUUCAACUUUUAAUGAGUAACACUUAAGCUCCUUGUGUUUAUCAAUUUUGUCUGGUUUGCUUUUCUCAAAUUCACAGGAAGUCUGAAGCAUUUGCAGCUCAUAUAUUAGUGUUGUUUCCUGUCAUUGAAAGGCAAAAACCAACUACUUAGACACGUCGAUGACAGAGCUAGGGAGACUAGUCAGACUACUUUUGGUCAGUUUUCAUCAUGAAAAACACACUUUGUUGGACGAGAUAAAUAGUAGUCCAGUUAAUAUAAUAUAAUAUAAUAUAAUAUAAUAUAAUAUAAUAUAAUAUAAUAUAAUAGAGUAAUGUAAUAUAAUUUUCGAACAAUUCUGUAUUUUUGUGAUGCAUGAUCUAAAAAAAAUGCUAUUUCACUAGAUGACCAAUUUCAAUGUGCUAAAUGAAUUUUGAAAGUUCCCCACAGAGCCAUUCAUCCAAUGUAACUUCUAACUUUCAUAAGUGGAUUUGCCUGUGUGAGAAUCAUUUUUACAAAUUCAAUGCCAACAUAAACAGCUAAGGAUAAUCAAUAUGAGUCAAUAUCAGACUUUUCCCAAGACUAUAAACCUGUAAAUUGUGAAUCUAUUAUUAUUAUUAUCUAUUAUAAUUAUUGUUAGUUUUCUGUUCUGUAGAGUGGUUGUUGGUUGCUUCCUGUAAAUUACAACUUCUGUAAAGUUGUAAAUAAUUCUGAAGACUUUUCAUGGUUGUUCAACAUUGUAGCACUGACGUAGUUGUGGUGACAUGGAUUCCAUUGUGUUGCUUUCGGUUGUUUCGGUCGCUAGCAUGCAAGUGAGUAAAACAUAGUGGUGGUCCGCAUUUGGGUGUAUGAUUUCUGUGCAAAAAUAGCCAACGUCUGUGAUGGUUUUUCUAGAUGUGAUGUUCUUGUUCUUGGGUCUUCGGUGUCACGGUA